AUGGGUGAUCUGGUGGCAAACACCGGUUGUGGUGGCGUGCGAGAGUUCUACAACAAUGCGACGGUUCUGCUGACCGGUGGGACGGGAUUCGUCGGGAAAGUGUUGUUAGAGAAGCUGCUGCGGUGCUUCGACGUUAAAACGGUGUUCCUUUUGAUACGGGAGAAGCGUAACAAAUCGGUGGUUGAGCGGCUCGAGGAGGUGUUUCAGGAUACGAUAUUCGACACCAUCAAAUCGUCCUCGGACAACGGAAAGCCGUUGCUAGCGAAGGUCGUUCCGAUUGAGGUGAAUUUUCAAUCAGAAUCGGUGAUAUCGACCGCAGAUCGCUCUCGUUUGCUAUCGGAAGGAGUUGAGGUCGUGUUCAAUGUGAUGGCCUCGGUGAAGUUCAACGAGGACAUCGAAACGGCGAUCGACACGAACGUGCUCUCCUCGCGUAAGCUGUUCUUACUGACGCAGGAGCUCCCACAUGUCCGCUCGAUCGUGCACGUGUCGACGUUUUACUCCAACUGCCAUCGGUCUCACAUCGAGGAGCGAAUAUACGAGGAUUUACCCUUCGGAGGGUUCGAUAACAUACUCGCCCUUUUCCGGCAUCUCACCCCGGACGAAAAGGACCAGCUGAAACCGCUCGUACUCGGUCCGAUGCCGAAUAGCUACACUUUUAGCAAACGCUGCGCAGAGGUGAUGAUCGCGCAACAGUUUGCUCAGUUACCGAUUGCCGUCUUCCGGCCACCGAUCGUUACGUCCGCGUACCGAGAACCUUCACCAGGGUGGGUGAAUAACUUCAACGGACCGGCGGGUAUGGUGGUGCCGGUCAUACGUGGUCAGGUGUACUGGUGUUACGGAGCGGACGAUGCUACUGUCCACAUGGUUCCGGUGGACUAUUGCGUCAAUGCAUUGCUGGCUGUCGGCUGGGAUAACGCUCUACGGAAUUGUCCAGCUCAACCUGUUCCCGUGUACAAUUAUGCAUUCCGGGAGAAUUUGUUCCGAAACCGAGAAGCAGGCGCACUUCUUUCGCUCGGGAUCGAGUCCAAGCUGGGGAAGGUAUUCGGUCGUUAUACCAUUCACAUUACGUCAUCGUGCUUUAUGCGCCAACUGUUCAUCCAUUGGUUGCUGCUACAAGCAUGGAUUGCGGAUAUUUACAGCAGUUUAAACGGAAAAAAGCGGCAACACUACGACACCAUCAAGCGGGUGGUGGCUCUUGAAGAUUCGACCAGCUUCUUUCGCUGCCAUUCGUGGACCACGGAAAAUGACAGCAUUCGCAAGCUUUGGGAGCGCCUUCCAGCGUCCGAUCGCAAGCUGUUGCCGUUCGAUGUGGAAACGCUCGACUGGAAGGACUACUUCCGGCACUUCGUGAAAGGAGUAGCGGCUGCAUUAGAUCGCCAGGCCGCCAUAAGGAAGCGAUCGCGUGAACGACACUGCUGA